UCCUUAAUAAGCCCAAUUAUACUUUGGGUCUGAUAAAGACAUUCAUACAAGCAUGUACACUAGUACCUGCAAAUGUACAUGAGAAUCCGCAAAAAAGAGGCGUGGUUCAGGAAACUAGCCAUCCACAAAAUCCGGGUUAGCGAAAUGUCAGAACUGAUUUCAGACGAGUACAGGCUUACACGAAGUAAAAACUUUCUGAUAAUACUUCGAAAUAAACUUUUAAUAAAAGUACCGUGAUGGAUCGUGUUAGGGCAAGGCAUCAGUUAAGUGAAAAGUAUGCUUACAAACGACUAGAAAUGGAGGAGGUUCCGCUGCGAAUGAACUCCGAUGAACGAGAUUUUGAAAUUGACGAAACAGAUUUUUUAUUACAACACUCAGACCAUGACCUGAGAACCAACUCGGCGAAACAUCGUAGAUCCAAGCGGUGUCCCAAAUGCCUGUCGCUAUUUUUCUGUGGAUGCUGCCAUUCGAUGUGGAGACGAUGUUGCAGAGAACGAGAAUUGAAACCAAGGACUAUAGUAGUUGGAAGAACAAGUACAGAAAAAUUUCCAGCAAAUGUUAUUCGCAAUCAGAAGUACAAUAUUGUCACAUUCUUGCCAUUGGUGUUGUUCCAGCAGUUCAAGUUCUUUCUCAACUUGUAUUUUUUGAUAAUGGCUACCAGUCAGUUCAUUCCAGACAUAAGGAUUGGUUAUCUUUACACAUACUGGGGCCCUCUGAGUUUUGUCCUAACCGUUACAAUUUGCCGUGAAGCAAUAGAUGACUUCAGACGUCAUCAAAGGGACAAGGAAGUAAACAGUCAACGCUACAGGCGUCUUGUUCGAGGUAGAGACACACCUGAACUAGUACCAUCAUCUAAAUUACGUGUUGGUGAUUUGAUUGUUGUUGAAAAAGAUCAAAGAGUUCCAGCUGACCUGGUUUUAUUGCGAACAACAGAACGGUCAGGUGCGUGCUUUGUUCGCACUGACCAGUUGGAUGGUGAGACGGAUUGGAAGUUGCGACUUGCAGUGCCUGCCACUCAGAAACUCGAUUCAGAUUUUCAGUUGUUUGAUAUAAAGGCAUCACUUUUUGUGGAAAAACCACAGAGAGACAUUCAUAGCUUUAUUGGGACCUUCACAAGGCAUGAUGGCUUUGGCAGUGAAGACAGUUUGGAUGUGGAGAAUACAUUAUGGGCAAAUUGUGUUGUUGCAUCUGGUUCUGCUCUUGGAGUUGUUAUUUACACAGGGUCAGAAACACGCAGUGUAAUGAACAACUCUCAGCCUCGUAGCAAAGUUGGACUUCUUGAUAUGGAAAUCAAUCAGUUGACAAAGGUGCUUUUCUGCGCUGUGAUUGGUCUGGCAUUAGUUAUGAUGUGCCUGAAAGGAUUCAGUGGCCCUUGGUACCGUUAUAUGUUCCGUUUUGUUCUUCUCUUCUCAUACAUAAUUCCAAUAAGCUUACGUGUGAACUUGGACAUGGGAAAAGCUUUUUACUCUUGGUCAAUACAGCGUGAUGGUGAGAUAUCUGGUACUGUUGUGAGAUCCACAACAAUCCCCGAAGAACUGGGAAGGAUAUCAUAUCUUCUUAGUGAUAAAACUGGUACAUUGACACAAAAUGAGAUGGUAUUUAAAAAACUACACUUGGGAACAGUUUCAUACGGCACAGAAACAUUUGAUGAGGUGGCAUCACACUUGAAAACAGCAUAUUCCCAGCAUCAGCAGUCAGAUGGCCCUUCUCCAACUCGUGAAGUGCUCCUAAUGCCACUAGGUACAUCUGGAUCGGUUUCUGGAACAAAAGUGCGACGCUCGGAGGUGACUCGGGUGCAGGAAGCAGUCAAGGCUGUGGCACUCUGCCAUAACGUGACACCUGUGUGGGAGGAAGAACCAGAAGCAGUAGCUGGUAGCUCACUGGAAAGCCCUGUGUCAGUUGAGAGUCAGACAGAAGCAGAUCAGCAUUAUUGGCAGAAGAAUCAGCAGAGUUGUGUGUACCAGGCCUCUAGCCCAGAUGAGGUUGCAUUGGUGCGAUGGACUGAGCAAGUGGGACUGGCUCUUGUUCGUAGAGAUCUUGUAAGCAUGCAGCUAAGAACACCAAGUGGUCACAUCUUUUCAUACUCUAUUUUGCAAAUCUUCCCAUUCACAUCAGAAACCAAACGGAUGGGUGUAAUAGUUAAGGAAAAUCAGACAGGAGAAAUAACAUUUUAUCUCAAAGGCGCAGAUGUGGUAAUGUCCUCAAUAGUCCAAUAUAACGAUUGGCUGGAGGAAGAAUGUGGAAACAUGGCACGAGAAGGUCUCAGAACAUUGGUGGUUGCCAAGAAAACCUUAACAGAAGAGCAAUACCUUGACUUUGAGAGUCGAUACAAUGCAGCUCGUAUGAGUGUAUCAGAUCGUGUUUCUCGAGUUGCUGCUGUAGUGGAAAGCCUUGAACGUGAAAUGGAGUUGCUGUGUGUGACAGGUGUUGAGGAUCGUUUGCAGGAUCGUGUGCGCCCCACAUUGGAGCUCCUAAGAAAUGCUGGAAUAAAGAUAUGGAUGCUGACUGGUGACAAACUGGAGACAGCCACUUGUAUUGCUAAGAGUUCGCACUUAGUUUCUCGCACCCAGGGGUUGCAUGUCUUCAAAUCUGUUAUGACAAGGACUGACGCUCAUCUUGAACUGAAUACUUUUAGGAAGAAACAAGAUUGUGCCCUGGUUAUAAGUGGUGAUUCUUUGGAGGUAUGCCUGCAGUACUACCAGCAUGAAUUUCUGGAACUGGCUUGUGGCUGUCCAGCAGUAGUGUGCUGUCGUUGUUCACCAACUCAGAAGGCAGAAGUGGUUCGGCUCAUACAGAGGCACACAGGCAAAAGGGCAGCUGCAGUUGGAGAUGGUGGCAAUGAUGUUAGCAUGAUACAGGCAGCAGAUGCAGGAAUAGGUAUUCAAGGACAGGAAGGUCUUCAGGCAUCAUUGGCAGCUGAUUUUUCAAUACCACAGUUCCAGCACUUAGCACGUCUCUUACUUGUCCAUGGACGUCGUUCGUACAAGCGAUCUGCGGCACUAAGUCAGUUUGUCAUUCAUCGUGGUCUGAUUAUAUCCACCAUGCAGGCUGUUUUCUCAUCAGUUUUCUACUUCUCAUCGGUACCACUCUAUCAGGGGUUCUUGAUGGUGGGGUAUGCUACAUUGUAUACAAUGUUUCCUGUGUUUUCACUGGUCUUGGAUAAAGAUGUUUCAAGUAAAAUAGCUCUCACGUAUCCAGAGCUAUAUAAAGAAUUGAGCAAAGGACGUUCUCUGUCAUAUAAAACAUUUUUCAUGUGGGUACUCAUCAGUAUAUACCAAGGUGGUGUUAUAAUGUAUGGGGCCCUUAUACUGUUUGAAGAUGAGUUUAUUCAUAUUGUUGCCAUAAGUUUUACAGCAUUAAUCCUUACUGAACUGAUUAUGGUUGCAUUAACUAUCAGGACAUGGCAUUACAUUAUGGUACUAGCAGAGUUCUUCAGCCUGGGUCUCUAUAUCCUGUCGCUUAUUGUUAUGAAGGAUUCUUUUGAUUCGAGUUUCAUUCAGACAACAGAUUUCCUAUGGAAAGUGCUUGUGAUAACUCUUGUGAGCUGUCUGCCCCUCUACAUUCUCAAGUUUUUGAGGAAAAAAUUUUCACCGCCAAGUUAUUCUAAACUUUCAUAACUGUCUCGCAGUUAUGUUGAUCUAAAUAUAGUCUAAAAUACAUCUAAUGUAUGUCAUUGAGAAAGCUCAUAAUGCCAAAGAUUAGUGAUAUAACAUAGUAUGUAUUUCAGCAGGACAGUUGCAAGAAUCUCAACACAGUUGACUGCAUAUGUUGUGUAUUAUAUACAGAACUACAGUGUGUUGAGCAUUGUAAACCACUUUUUAUGUGUGACAUUUUGUUUUUCAUUGACUGUAUAGGUUGUGUUUUAACAGUCACUGUAGUGAGAAACUUUCCAUGACUGAUUUUCUUAAAUUUAUUAUUUAUUAACAGUGGCAAAGUGCCGUAGAUGUUUAUUAUUCUUUCCUUUAAAGUCAAAUGUUGCAUCACAGAGAUAGGUUGAAUUUUGCAGCUUAAUAAUUUAAUACAUUUUAAUCCCUGUAGGGAAAGAUCCCUCAUAUACACACAAUUUCAGCCAUCAGGCUGACAUACAUGUUGUUGAAAUGAAUUUCAUAUGACGCUCAUUAUAUGUGAUAAAUGUAAACAAGAUAUUCAUGGCCUUUGGAAGAAGAUUUUGACCCAAAGGGAUGUACAUUCUAGUGAGAGCAUUUUUAAAAGUGAAACAUUCAUUAAGAAAUGUCAUGGCAAUAUUUUGUACAUAUCCAAAUAAUAAUUUUUAUAUUGUUCAACUAAUAUUUGCUAUAUAAACCCAUACUAAUAUAUUUAUACAUACAUGUAUUUUUUAAAAUAAGUUUAUCAUCCUAAAAUAAAAAGUUGAAUGUUUGCUAAGUAGUAAAUGUAGCAGUGCUUGAAUCUGGAAUUUAGUUUUUUGAAAAUAAGAACGAAGUGUAUGUAGAAUGUAUGACAGUCUUUCAUAUUUUUGCAUAAGAGAACAAGACAUGUGAUUACUACAUAACUGGCCUUUUUUUCGCCAUAGUAUUUCAGCGUGGUGGCCUUUAUGCUUUAUGACAUGCAAAUUAUCCCAGCUCGUCUCUCUCUAAAAACCACUGUUAUCUCGAUUAUUUGUAGGCAGGAAUUUUGUGAUUGCUUGUUGUAGCCUUAUCGAGUUAUGCAGCACUGUUUAUACUUAGUUGUAACUUUACCUAAAAGUUGUGUUCCCUUUUCAACAUGCUUCUUUCAAAUAGUGAUUGGAGAAUUUUGUGCAAUUAAAAAGGGGCCCAGUUUGAAGAGUUAUUUGGCAAGGUGUAAAGCAUAAAUUGUGAUUUUUCCAUAAUUUUUUUAUUUUUUUUACUGCAGGCUUUCAUUCAGUUGACAUUUUUUCCCUUGUGUUGCAGUGCAUUCAAUAAGUAGUUGAUAAUUACAUAUUUUCCAUGCAAUUAGAAUUGCAUAGAGAACAUUUUAGUAAUGUGAGCAUCUGAAUAUAGAACUGUGUUUUUGCCUUCACUUAUCUUGUAGUCAAAAUAUAUGUACCCUAAUUACCAACCUAUUGUGAAGUUGAAGCUCACAGCUCAUACAUUCCCAUAUUUAUGUGGGUGAAUUGGUAGUAGUGACUUCACAGGUUAGAACAAUGAAGCUGUGUUAAAGUCUUAUUGCUUUUGACUUUUAAAAAAAGCAAAACUUUCACACAGUUACGUGCCACAUCAGAAGCUCCUACAUUCAUGUGACCGUAAUGCAUAUUCACCAAUAACAGCAUUUUAAUACCAAUAUUAAGAACUCAAAACUACCAGCUGCAUAAUUUAAAAUAUUUUGAAGGGUUAUUGUUUUGCAGGAAAUGCUACCUGAUCACAAAUUAAACAGGAUGGACCACUUUAUGGGGACACUGUUUGUUGUAGUGACAAAUUUCAUCAAAAUAGCCAGUCUUUUGGUUGUGUGUAAGCAUUUUACAACAGAUGUAUUCUUGCCCUCCAUUUGCAAAUGCCGUGUAUGAGAUUUGGCCCACGAGAGACUACUCAUGCUACAGAUAUGUGUACUUACUUACCAGUAUGAUCUGUUGAUGAUAGCCACCAUCAAAUCACAAUAAAUUUGAGUCAGUGUACAUGUAAAUUCGGCCCUUCCACCAGUCGAAAUAUAUUCUAAAUGUCACUUGCCAUGAUGCAAUGUAUGAUCACUGCCAUUUUUGCUUUGGAAUGCAAGACCAUGUUAAACUCAUUGUCACUGUCAACAAGUUAAUCAAUUUCAAUUGCACUUACUACAAAUUCACAAUGUAUCUGUAUCUGAGUGGUAAAGGAAUUCAAAUACAGUUUUAUUGUGUUUUUUUACUUAGGAUCAUAUUUGUAGUACCCAUAUACCAUUUAAUUUGUGGAAUAAAGACGUCACUCCUUUUCCAGUGUACAGGUGAUUUAUGAUGAUGAUGAUGAUGAUGAAAUCCCAUGCUUCUUGACAGCAUAGGGGAACGGUGCGGAAGACCUGCACCGCCAUACUAGGCAAGAGGUGGUGCCAUUGACAGGUGAUUUAGGCGGAGUUAAAAGAGCACAUGUCCAUUUAACACUGCCUGUGAUUCGUCAUUAACUGGAAAGGACUACUACCCUUCUUCCACAAAUGAAACAAUGUGUAGUUGUUACUCAUACAGUCUUAAGUUGAAAAUGCAUUAACUGGAUUUACACCCAUUCACCUCUCAUGUCUGGAUGAAGUACCUUAAUAAUGUUGUUACCAGUCUCAUUUCUUUUCUGCCAGAACACCUUUUUGUGAGCUUAUCUACUGCUAAUGCUUCAUAUACAAGGUUAUAUGGUUUCUGUUUUUACUACCAUCCCAAAUAUUUCAUAGACUUGCGUACAAUGCCUACACACCGUACUAAAGACCUGAAGACAAUUGGGAGUCCAUGGAUAGCAUUACUCAACUCUGUCUCCUGGUUAAGAAAUGAAGCAAACUAUUCAAACGAAAUUUUUCCAAGGAACAGUCUUGGAGGUAGAGAAUUUACAUUUUGUGCUCUUUAACUGUGGGCAAUUACAAUGUCAAAUCAUUUCAAAAUGUCGUGUAACAAUUACUAACAGCGCAGUUUAUCACAUGCUGUGCAGUGCUCAAAGAACUAUUUUCAAGUAGGAGAUGAUGUGACUUAGUUUCAUACAACCGAGAAAGCUAUUUCCAGUAUCUUAUUAAGUUUUUGAACACUAAAAGCUUGCUUGGGACAAGAGUGUACAGUGGAGUGACAUGUUACAAAUCAAAUUGUAUAUGUUUUUGAACCAAGUCAUUGUCACAGUUCCCAUGAAAUUGACAAAUCCUAUUCUUGAUAAGAUAACGUUGGACUCCAUAUUGGUCAGCCACUCACUAUAGCAAGGCAGCAGUAAAGUCAGGAAUAUGCCAAUAACUAAAUUCUGCAAAAAUAUAACUGUUUGUUCAUUGAACUGCCAUUGAUGUUUGCAGUUAAAAUCCACAGAAUUUGUCCAGAUUCCAUCCUAGGAGGUUAAGUGUUGAAAGGUGGUUAUUAUCCAAUUGUCAAAACCCAAGCAAAUUGCUAGAUUCUGUAAAACAGCAAGCCGACAGGUGAAACUUGUCAGUUGCUAUACUGGGGAAUGGUGAACAAAAUGCAAGAUGCAAGGCUUCAUAUGAAAGCCAUUAUAAGGGGGUCAAGCCAAAACACUUAACUUUGUUACUUGUCAUACUACAGCAGUGUCAAGAAAUGAUGUACAUUCACAACUAUUAGACUUCUGUAUGUUGAUAAUUAAUAUCAAAGAUAUCGUCAUCUCAUAUUAAUCGGCAUUUCAUAAAGGAAAUGGAUGCUGAUGAUUGCAAUGUGAGGAAAAGCUGUAGUAACUUUUGCAGUUUGUCCUUUACAGAAACUGUAAUCUCCACAUAUGAAUUUAGUAGUUUUGUGGAGAGUCCUUCUUAUGCAGGAAAUAAUCACUUAUUCAAUUAGCAUUACAUGGCAGUUGUAGUCAUUGGUUGUUUUGUGAAUAGUUCCUAUAACUGUGUAAGGAAUCUUUUCAGUAUUUUAUAUCUGGAUGUUUUAUCCAGUAUUUAAGAAGCUUCUGUUAUUUAUUAUUGUAUACAAGUUGUUCAUGACUGGAAAAUAAUUGCAGCAACUCUUUGUUUUAAGCAGUUUCAGAAUAUAUUUUUCUUUUUUUGUAUUGUUGUACACAAAUAAUAUAUCUGCAUUUAAUUUCAUUGAAAAAUAUUGAAUCUCUAUAAAUCCAUUGGUUGCAUAGCAACAAGAGACUGCUUAUUUUUGUGUUUACAGAAAUUAUCAUUGUUGUUAGUACAGGAAAUGCUUAGUGUUUUAUGAGUUACUAACUUAUUCUUAUCAAUACUUUUUCACUGUUUGAUUUGUGCCAGUUUAGUAUUCACAUGGCAGAUUUACUAGAGCAUUUUAUGUACUAUAAAGCAUUUGUAAAUGUGCUUACAGAAAAUGUGGGGAAAUGCCUGAAGGUGUUUAUAAAAUGUCUUCUUUUCUACAUUGUAAAUCUCAGAUUUUUUAUAAUCAUUUAUUCAGGACACAGUUAAAAUGCAGCCCCAGUCAAAUAUAAAUUGGUGAGAAGUCCAAGUACACUGUAAGUUUAGGUAUUGAAAGCAGUAGCAGUUUUUGCAGCGCACAGAUAUGACUGAAGUUCAUUGCUUUGAAAGCCAGAGAAAGGUGACUGAACAUUUUGUAAGAGAAAAACACUUAACCCCAUUGCCAAAGAAAGACCUGUUGAGGGUACUCUUAUGUUUGUAUCUUUUGGGUCUGCCGAACUGCUGCUACUUGUCAUGCCAGAAGUGGACUUGUUUUGGUUGACAUAAAAAAAAAAUCUAAUUUGUGGAAUGCAGGUUUAUUAUACUUACUUAUAUGUGAUACUUUUGUGAAAAUAGAGCCUGGGUUCUACAUUUGUUUCGAUGCCAUAUUGAAUGUAAUGUGACUCUGUUGUUGAAAGAAUCAAAAAAAUCUUUAUCAAGUUGUAAUAAUAAAUAACUUUAUUUUAAAA